AUCUCAUCUUCUUUGCUCUGGAGCUAAUUGGAAGAGAGAAUCAAUCAAUCUCCUCCUGAUAAAAUCCCCAAUUACUCUUUUACGACCCGAAUUUCAAGCAAAGCUUUUUUCCUAUCUUUAGCUUUUUUUUUUCUUUCCUUACUUUCUCAUCACGGUGGAAUCUCUCCUUCUCUCUCUCUCUCUUUUAUCCCACUAGUGAUUGAUUACAGCUCGGCCUCCUUCCAGAUUUUUGGAAGAGGGCUUUAAUUGAUUUCAAGUUUGGUCACGUGACGAGAGACGGAUUGUUUUUGGAUGAUUUGAUGCCGCCGCAGGACCACUCAUCUUGGGAUCGGAAGGAUCUUCUGAGGCAGAGGAAGCACGAGAGACCCUCAGAGCCGCCUUUCGAUCCUCCUCCCUUCAGGUGGAGGGAUUCGCCUUCUUCUUCCUCUUCUUCUCACCGUGAGUUUUCGAGGUGGGGAGGAUCUGCUGACUUCCGCAGGCCUUCUUGUCAUGGUAAGCAGGGCGGAAGGUACCCGUUUGGGGAGGAGAGUAAUCAUGGAUACACAUCUUCUCGGUCCAGUGCUCGGAUGUUUGAGAAUGACUACUAUAGACCAUCAGCACCACGUGGAGACUGGCGAUAUUCCAGGAAUUGUAGGGAUGAUAGAGUUCCUUUAAGCCAGAAGGACUGGAGGUGCAACAAUACAUGGGAGAUGAACAACGGAUCUUCUAGAGCUUUCGAGAGGCCAUCUGGUGUUAGAAAUGGUCGGAGGUCGGUUGAGGAAAGGCCGCCACCUGCUUCAGAUACUCAUACUGCUGGUGUCAACUCUUGGGGACCACCCAACUCCUCUCAUCAGCCAGACAUUGAGAUGUGUACCCCUGUUCGGACUGUUAGAUAUAAAAACGAGCAGAAAAUUUCUUCUGAGCAAAGGCAAUCAAUUCCUCCAGAUACUCAUUCUGACGGUCUUGGCUUGUUUGAUCGGCCUUCUUCAGUGAACAGUUUCGAAAAUAAGGAGUGUUCUCCAGCAAAGCAAUCGAAUGGUUUGAUGUACGGUCGAAGGUUUGCUGAUGAUAAUUCAUUAGAUCCUCCAGCAGAGAUAGAGGGAUCUCGGAAUCAUAUUCUCCUAAAAGGCGUGCAAGAUAAUAAGUCACAUGGAGUUAGUGAUUUAGACGGUGUCAGGGAGAAUGGGAAGGAGAAUUCUCUGGGAGCAAUUGGGAAGCUUCCAGUGUGGACCCGUUCUGGGAGUUUUGCUUCUCAGAGUUCAGGUUUUAGUCACUCAAGUAGCUUGAAAAGCUUGGGGGCUGUUGAUUCCAGUGAUGGAAAACGCAAGACUAUCCCCAAAACUGUUGCUGUGACUCAAUCUUCUUCAGGAGAUGCUACUGCAUGUGCCCAAACUACUGUAUCUGAGGAGAUGAGUUCUAAAAAGAAACAACGUCUUGGGUGGGGUGAAGGCCUGGCGAAGUACGAGAAUAAGAAAGUUGAUGUUAACACGACCGAGGAUGGAACGGACUUGUUGGAGAACAGUGCAGAGGAACUGCAUUCUUUGAACAAAAAUGUUGCUGAUAAAAGUCCUACAGUAGCCAAUGCUCCAGAUUAUGGCUCUCCUACAACUCCAUCCUCUGUAGCUUGCAAUUCAUCCCCAGGGUUUGCAGAUAAGUCAUCUGCGAAGGCUGCUAUUGGUGCUAGUGAUGUCAGUAACAUGUGCCGAUCACCUAGCCCCGUGUCAAGUAUUAACCUUGAACGACUUCCGAUCAGUUUAGAGGAGCUUGAUAACAUCUCAACGGAGCGAGUUGGCUGUUUACUCACUGAAUUGCUUGGUUCUGAUGAUCAUGGUACAGGGGAUUCCAGUUCCGUGCAGUUGACAUCAAUGAACAAAUUACUUGCCUGGAAAGGUGAUAUUUUGAAAGCUGUGGAGAUGGCUGAAUCUGAAAUUGAUAUGCUUGAAAGCAAACAAAGGGCGCUAAAGCUUGAAAGUGGAAGACAGUGCCGUGUUGUUCAACCCAGUUCAUGCCUUUCUGAGGGAGAUGAAAAUGUGCAGCAGAAAGCCUCUUUGGGUCUCAAGGCAGUACCUUCUUCCGUGACUGAAACAUUGGUGAGAGAUCCUGUUCAUCAGGCUGUUUCAGCCAAGGUUUCUGUUGAAAUCCUUGAAGAUAGUCGUCGAGAAGUUAAUUCUCUGUCCGAGUUUGUUGCCACUGUUGGAAUCAAUGAAGAUGUAUUGCCCAUACCGUCUAUUACAGCCGAUACCAAUCAGGAAACUAUCGACCUUUCUUCUGCUGAUGAUAGCAUGGUAUCUAAUGAAGACUUGCUCUGUGCUAAGAUAUUAUCUACGAACAAGAUCUAUGCCACUGAAUCAUCUGAAGCAUUCAGUAAAUUGCUUCCAAGAGAUUUCAGUUCGUUUGAUGACCCAAGAUUCCCUGGAAUAUGUCAAAGGCAGCAUAAUUCUCAUGUCAAAGAAAAAAUUGCCGAUAGGAUAGAGCUCUUGAGAGCGAGGGAGAAAAUUUUACUCCUUCAGUUUAAAGCGUUUCAGCUUGCAUGGAAGAAAGAUCUGCAUCAACUAGCUUCAACAAAGUACCAACCAAAGGCUAACAGAAAAACAGAUUUAUUUCCGAAUGCAAAGAAUAGUGGGCAUCUGAAGCUUGCCCAGCCUGUACGCCUGAGGCUCUCUUCUUCAGCUCCAAGAAGGGGUAGUGUAGCCUCCACGACAGAGCUCGUAAGUUACAUGAAAAAGCUACUAAAGAAUACCAGUCUAAAGCCUUGUAGAGACAUUUUGAGAAUGCCUGCGAUGAUUUUGGAUGAGAAAGAAAGGGUGAGGUCGCGGUUUAUCUCUAGCAAUGGGCUGAUUGAAGAUCCAUGCGACGUUGAGAAGGAAAGAACAAUGAUUAAUCCGUGGACCUCAGAGGAGAAAGAGACUUUCCUUAGUAUGCUAGCAAUGCACGGGAAGGAUUUCAAGAAAAUUGCUUCGUAUCUUACUCAGAAGACAACUGCGGACUGUAUCGAUUACUACUACAAAAACCACAAGUCCGAUUGUUUUGGGAAAAUAAAGAAGCAGCGUGGUUAUGGUAAAGAAGGGAAACACACCUACAUGUUGGCGCCAACAAAAAAGUGGAAACGUGAGAUGGGGGCUGCCUCUCUUGAUAUUUUAGGUGCCGUCUCCAUUAUAGCAGCAAACGCAGGCAAGGUUGCUUCAUCCAGGCAGACCUCUUCCAAGAGGAUUACCCUUAGAGGUUCCAGCAGUUCUAGUUCGUUGCAGCACGAUGUCAAUUACUCUGAAGGGCACUCCCACAGUUUCGAUUUCCCUCGUAAGAGAACUCUUGGUGCAGAUGUUGUAGCUGUUGGUCCUUUGUCAUCAGAGCAGAUUAAUUCCUGCUUAAGGACGUCCGUGAGCUCUAGAGAGGGGUGUGUGGAUCAUCUGAAGUUUGCUCCUGCUGCAAAAAAGCCUCGGAUUUCUCAAAUUACACAUAAUGAGAACAGCAAUGAGGACGAUGACUCAUGUUCAGAAGAGAGCUGCGGGGAAACGGGACCUAUUCAUUGGACCGAUGCUGAGAGAUCUGCCUUUAUACAGGGUUUUUCGCUAUUUGGCAAGAAUUUUGCUUCAUUAUCGAGGUUCGUCAGGACCAGAACUCCAGAUCAGUGUAGGGUUUUCUUUAGCAAAGUUCGGAAAUGCCUUGGAUUGGAAUGUAUACAGUCUGGAUCUGCAAAUGUGAGCACAUCCGCAAGUGUUGAUAAUGCCAAUGAGGGUGGUGGAAGUGAUUUGGAGGGUCCUUGUGCUAUGGAGAGUAACUCUAGCAUAUGCAAUAAUGGAGGUAGCGCCAAGAUUGGUUUGAAUACGGAGGGAGCUAAUCUUUCAGGCUUUGAAAAUGUGGAAGCCGGUCUUAGUAGAUCAGAACAAGAGAAUGGGCUGGCAUUAUUGCGUUUGAAAGAUGGUACCAAUCUCGUGAACACUGCAUCUGCAUCUAUCAAUGGGAUCAAUGGGGGUUUCCCGGGUCUAGUUUCCGAACCUUGCAAAGAUUUGGUAGACAUUAACACUGUUGAGAGCCACUGUCAGGCUGCAGACCAAAUUAACAGCAAUGAUCUACUGUCAAAGGACAUUGAUGAAGGUAAUUUGACAUCUGUCGGGGCAGAGAAAAGUAAGAGCAAUGAUCAACUGUCGACGGAAAUAGAUGAAGGUAAUUUAACACCUGUCGCUGUAUCUUCUGAAUAUUGUGGGCCAAUCGUUCUUUCCAAUAAUAUCGUGAAGACUCCCACAGAAAGCUCACGCAAGGGCUCAGGAGUUGAAGGUGCUCCAUUGCCUAAACAAAGUUCAAAGCAUGAUGGAGUGUUGCAAGCUGCAAACGAAACCAGAUAUUCUGGCCUUGAGGCUGAAGUUGCAGUUUCAAAUUUCAGGUACCCCGAGUGUCUGCACCAUGUUCCGAUUGAGGAAGACCUUGUAGGCGUCAGUGUACCACAAGGAGAUCCUAAUGGCCAUACAGAGACGGAGUUACCAAAAACUGUUGUUGUCCAAACAGAUAACAUUGGCUGGCAGUUUUCUGAUGUCAGUCUGGAUUUGGAUAGGAGAAGUCAGGUUUUGGGUCAUGUCAAACCUGAGCAGAAUGGUCAACUAAAUGCCACUUCUAUGGAAACUCGUCAAAUUCCGUGGAUAUCAUUCACGCAAGAUCCGUGCAGGAUAAUUAGGUCAAAAUCUGAUUUGAUUGUGAAGGCUCAACGUACAGGUGAAGCUUUCUCACUCAGAAAGUGUACUAGCUCAGCUACUAAGCCUCUGACAGUAUUCCAAAAAGAUGGAAGAUCUGGCCAUAGCAGGAGCCAUUCAUUUAGUUUAUCUGAUACUGAGAGGCUUGAUAAGAAUGGAGAUGUGAAACUGUUUGGCACAGUACUAAGUGCUGAUGAGAAUGGAAGCAAGCCUAAACAAAGUAUUAGGUCAUCAUCAACAACUUUGAGCAGGGACCUUGAGACAGGACAUCAGAACAUUAAUCAGCAACACCUUCAGAAUGUUCCUAUUACGAGCUAUGGUUUCUGGGAUGGCAACAGAAUCCAAACCGGGUUGACAUCUUUGCCAGAGUCUGCCAAGUUGCUUGCAAGCUACCCUGAAGCACUUACCACGCAUCUUGGGCAGCAAGUUGUUAGUACCAAAGAGAUUCAGCUGGAUGCUAGUGGUGUCCUGAGCUUUGGGAAGCUUAUCGAAGAUAGAACAGAGAUCUCGAGCGGUAAGGAUAAAGGUAAGAUAGGAGGAGAGGUAAAUGGUGUAGCAGAAGCAGCCACGUGAAUCAAAAACAAAAGAAGCUUUCUUAGGGUCAAUGAUUAGUUUGUUUUGGAGGUUUGGCAUAUUCUUUGUUUUGUGUCAUCCUAUCUGUAUCAUAAUCUCACUCUAUUGUCUUUUUUUUCUUCUUAAUUUAGAAUGUCAGUCGUCAAUAUAGGCAUUUUUUUCUUUUUCUUUCUUUUGGUUUUAACUUAUGUUAGGUGAUGUUUGUAUUUGUAAGGUUGCUGAUAAUAACAUGGAAAGAGUGCCAAGCUUAGCUCUAUGUAUGUUUUCCCAAGGAGGAUAACACUUAAAAAG